GCCACACGGGAGGAGUUUGUUGCCAAGCUGCAGAGGAUGGGCUUUGAUAUCUCUGUGUCUGAGGUGUUCUCCCCAGCCCCGGCUGCCGUGGCUGUCCUGAAGGAGAGGGGUCUACGACCUCACCUGCUGGUCUAUGAUGGUAUUGAUUAAUCAUGUUAAUUAGGUUUAUUGUACUUUAAAGAGGAAAUCUUUCCACAGCUCGCACGUUCCAUACACACACACACCUACUCUUACCCAGCCUGGCUCAAAGUAACCCUGUCAUUUGUUCUUCAUGAUUCUACCUCCUUGUGUGACUUUGUGAAGGCUAUCGGGAUGGGAACCCCUCAGUCAGGAACAGGAGUAAACUGGCACACGUAGUCAGGACAGAUCUAGUCGGCAGCAAACAGCCACAACUUUACACACAGAACCUCACAAGAACUUUACACACAGAACCUCACAAGAACUUUACACACAGAACCUCACAAGAACUUUACACACAGAACCUCACAAUAACUUUACACACAGAACCUCACAAGAAUUUUACACACAGAACCUCUCAAGAACUUUACACACAGAACCUCACAAGAACUUUACACACAGAACCUCACAAUAACUUUACACACAGAACCUCACAAUAACUUUACACACAGAACCUCACAAGAAUUUUACACACAGAACCUCUCAAGAACUUUACACACAGAACCUCUCAAGAACUUUACACACAGAACCUCACAAUAACUUUACACACAGAACCUCUCAAGAACUUUACACACAGAACCUCUCAAGAACUUUACACACAGAACCUCACAAGAGCUUUACACACAGAACCUCACAAGAACUUUACACACAGAACCUCACAAGAACUUUACACACAGAACCUCACAAGAACUUUACACACAGAACCUCACAAUAACUUUACACACAGAACCUCACAAGAAUUUUACACACAGAACCUCUCAAGAACUUUACACACAGAACCUCUCAAGAACUUUACACACAGAACCUCUCAAGAACUUUACACACAGAACCUCACAAGAGCUUUACACACAGAACCUCACAAUAACUUUACACACAGAACCUCACAAGAGCUUUACACACAGAACCUCUCAAGAACUUUACACACAGAACGUCACAAUAACUUUACACACCGAACCUCUCAAGAACUUUACACACAGAACCUCACAAUAACUUUACACACAGAACCUCACAAUAACUUUAUACACAGAACCUCACAAUAACUUUACACACAGAACCUCACAAUAACUUUAUACACAGAACCUCACAAGAACUUUAUACACAGAACCUCACAAUAACUUUACACACAGAACCUCACAAUAACUUUACACACAGAACCUCACAAGAGCUGCUUUACACACAGAACCUCACAAGAACUUUACACACAGAACCUCUCAAGAACUUUACACACAGAGCCUCUCAAGAACUUUAUACACAGAACCUCACAAGAGCUUUACACACAGAACCUCUCAAGAACUUUACACACAGAGCCUCUCAAGAACUUUACACACAGAACCUCACAAGGAAAGCAGCCCAGGUCUUGUGUAUAACUGCCUUCAUGUUGUUGGACCCCAGGAAGAGUAGCUGCUACCUUGACAGGAACUAAUGGGGAUCCAUAAUAAACCCCAGGAAGAGUAGCUGCUGCCUUGGCAGGAACUAAUGGGGAUCCAUAAUAAACCCCAGGAAGAGUAGCUGCUGCCUUGGCAGGAACUAAUGGGGAUCCAUAAUAAACCCCAGGAAGAGUAGCUGCUGCCUUGGCAGGAACUAAUGGGGAUCCAUAAUAAACCCCAGGAAGAGUAGCUGCUGCCUUGGCAGGAACUAAUGGGGAUCCAUAAUAAACCCCAGGAAGAGUAGCUGCUGCCUUGGCAGGAACUAAUGGGGAUCCAUAAUAAACCCCAGGAAGAGUAGCUGCUACCUUGGCAGGAACUAAUGGGGAUCCAUAAUAAACCCCAGGAAGAGUAGCUGCUGCCUUGGCAGGAACUAAUGGGGAUCCUUAAUAAACCCCAGGAAGAGUAGCUGCUGCCUUGGCAGGAACUAAUGGGGAUCCAUAAUAAACCCCAGGAAGAGUAGCUGCUGCCUUGGCAGGAACUAAUGGAGAUCCAUAAUAAACCACAGGAAGAGUAGCUGCUGCCUUGGCAGGAACUAAUGGGGAUCCAUAAUAAACCCCAGGAAGAGUAACUGCUGCCUUGGCAGGAACUAAUGGGGAUCCAUAAUAAACCCCAGGAAGAGUAGCUGCUGCCUUGGCAGGAACUAAUGGGGAUCCAUAAUAAACCCCAGGAAGAGUAGCUGCUGCCUUGGCAGGAACUAAUGGGGAUCCAUAAUAAACCCCAGGAAGAGUAGCUGCUGCCUUGGCAGGAACUAAUGGGGAUCCAUAAUAAACCCCAGGAAGAGUAGCUGCUGCCUUGGCAGGAACUAAUGGGGAUCCAUAAUAAACCCCAGGAAGAGUAGCUGCUGCCUUGGCAGGAACUAAUGGGGAUCCAUAAUAAACCCCAGGAAGAGUAGCUGCUGCCUUGGCAGGAACUAAUGGGGAUCCAUAAUAAACCCCAGGAAGAGUAGCUGCUGGCUUGGCAGGAACUAAAUGGGGAUCCAUAAUAAACCCCAGGAAGAGUAGCUGCUGCCUUGGCAAAUAAAUACACAUACAAAUGGUCACAUCCACCAACUGCAUCCUUCCAUGUGCUGCCGUCUGGUCGGAGACUAGGGUUGCAUCCUUCCAUAUGCUGCCGUCUGGUCGGAGACUAGGGUUGCAUCCUUCCAUAUGCUGCCGUUGGUCGGAGACUAGGUUGCAUCCUUCCAAUGCCUGCCGUCUGGUCGGAACUAGGGUUGCAUCCUUCCAUAUGCUGCCGUUCUGGUCGGAGACUAGGGUUGCAUCCUCCAUAUGCUGCCGUCUGGUCGGAGGACUAGGGUUGCAUCCUUCCAUAUGCUGCCGUCUGGUCGGAGACUAGGGUUGCAUCCUUCCAUAUGCUGCCGUCUGGUCGGAGACUAGGGUUUGCAUCCAUUCCAUAUGCGGCCCGGUCUGGUCGGAGACUAGGGUUGCAACCUUCCCAAUAUUAUAUGGCUGCCGUCUGGGUCGGAGAGAGACUAGGGUUGCAUCCUUCCAUAUGCUGCCGUCUGGUCCGGAGACCUAGGGUUGCAUCCUUCCCAUAUGCUGCCGUCUGGUCGGAAGACUAGGGUUGCAUCCUUCCAUAUGCUUCCGUCUGGUCGGAGACUAGGGUUUGCAUCCUUCCAUAUGCUGCCGUCUGGUCGGGAGACUAGGGUUGCAUCAUUCCAUAUGCUGCCGCGUCGGGUCGGAUACUAGGGUUGCAUCCUUCCAAUAUGCGUGGCCGUUCUGGUCGGAGACUAGGGUUGCAUCCUUCCAUAUGCUGCCGUCUGGUCGGGAGACGAGGGUUUGCAUCCUUUCCAUAUGCUGCCGGUAUGGUCGGUAGACUAGGGAUUGCAUCCAUUCCAUAUUCCUGCCGUCUGGUUCGGAGACUGAGGGUGUGCAUCCUCACAUAUGGCUGCCGUCUGGUCGGAGACUAGGGUUGCAUCCUUCCAUAUGCUGCCGUCUGGUCGGAGACUAGGGUUGCAUCCUUCCAUGUGCUGCCGUCUGGUCGGAGACUAGGGUUGCAUCCUUCCAUAUGCUGCCGUCUGGUCGGAGACUAGGGUUGCAUCCUUCCAUAUGCUGCCGUCUGGUCGGAGACUACGGUUGCAUCCUUCCAUAUGCUGCCGUCUGGUCGGAGACUAGGUUUGAAUGGUGGGAACCCGGUUUACCGGGAUUUACCGUCCAAAACCACUCCCUUUUCCCGUGAUAAAUAACUGCGAGAAACCGGUAAAUUAUAAUAAAUGAUUUAUAUGAACAGCAUGGCGUAACAAUGGAACUGUUAAAUGAUAUACAAUGUCUAAAUCUGUCUUCUCUAUGGCCUCUGCAUGAUGAAUCAUCAACGCUCAGGGUGGGGACAGACAGCCCAUCUCAGUAUGGAGAGCAGUUCACAAUGCAUGUAGACCUAUCAUCUCACCAUGGUAACAAUGCAUUUGACCUAUCAUCUCAUCAUGGUAACAAUGCAUGUAGACCUAUCAUCUCACCAGGGUAACAAUGCAUGUAGACCUAUCAUCUCACCAUGGUAACAAUGCAUGUAGACCUAUCAUCUCACCAUGGUAACAAUGCAUGUAGACCUAUCAUCUCACCAUGGUAACAAUGCAUGUAGACCUAUCAUCUCACCAUGGUAACAAUGCAUGUAGCCCUAUCAUCUCACCAUGGUAACAAUGCAUGUAGACGUAUCAUCUCAUCAUGGUAACAAUGCAUGUAGACCUAUCAUCUCAUCAUGGCAACAAUGCAUGUAGACCUAUCAUCUCACCAUGGCAACAAUGCAUGUAGACCUAUCAUCUCAUCAUGGAAACAAUGCAUGUAGACCUAUCAUCUCACCAUGGUAACAAUGCAUGUAGACCUAUCAUCUCACCAUGGUAACAAUGCAUGUAGACCUAUCAUCUCAUCAUGGUAACAAUGCAUGUAGACCUAUCAUCUCAUCAUGGUAACAAUGCAUGUAGACCUAUCAUCUCAUCAUGGUAACAAUGCAUGUAGACCUAUCAUCUCAUCAUGGUAACAAUGCAUGUAGCCCUAUCAUCUCACCAUGGUAACAAUGCAUGUAGACCUAUCAUCUCACCAUGGUAACAAUGCAUGUAGACCUAUCAUCUCAUCAUGGUAACAAUGCAUGUAGCCCUAUCAUCUCACCAUGGUAACAAUGCAUGUAGACCUAUCAUCUCACCAUGGUAACAAUGCAUGUAGACCUAUCAUCUCAUCAUGGUAACAAUGCAUGUAGACCUAUCAUCUCAUCAGGGCAACAAUGCAUGUAGACCUAUCAUCUCACCAUGGUAACAAUGCAUGUAGACCUAUCAUCUCACCAUGGUAACAAUGCAUUUGACCUAUCAUCUCAUCAUGGUAACAAUGCAUGUAGACCUAUCAUCUCACCAGGGUAACAAUGCAUGUAGACCUAUCAUCUCACCAUGGUAACAAUGCAUGUAGACCUAUCAUCUCACCAUGGUAACAAUGCAUGUAGACCUAUCAUCUCACCAUGGUAACAAUGCAUGUAGACCUAUCAUCUCACCAUGGUAACAAUGCAUGUAGCCCUAUCAUCUCACCAUGGUAACAAUGCAUGUAGACCUAUCAUCUCAUCAUGGUAACAAUGCAUGUAGACCUAUCAUCUCAUCAUGGCAAUAAUGCAUGUAGACCUAUCAUCUCACCAUGGCAACAAUGCAUGUAGACCUAUCAUCUCAUCAUGGAAACAAUGCAUGUAGACCUAUCAUCUCACCAUGGUAACAAUGCAUGUAGACCUAUCAUCUCAUCAUGGUAACAAUGCAUGUAGACCUAUCAUCUCAUCAUGGUAACAAUGCAUGUAGACCUAUCAUCUCAUCAUGGUAACAAUGCAUGUAGCCCUAUCAUCUCACCAUGGUAACAAUGCAUGUAGACCUAUCAUCUCACCAUGGUAACAAUGCAUGUAGACCUAUCAUCUCAUCAUGGUAACAAUGCAUGUAGACCUAUCAUCUCAUCAGGGCAACAAUGCAUGUAGACCUAUCAUCUCACCAUGGUAACAAUGCAUGUAGACCUAUCAUCUCACCAUGGUAAAAAUGCAUUUGACCUAUCAUCUCAUCAUGGUAACAAUGCAUGUAGACCUAUCAUCUCACCAGGGUAACAAUGCAUGUAGACCUAUCAUCUCACCAUGGUAACAAUGCAUGUAGACCUAUCAUCUCACCAGGGUAACAAUGCAUAUAGACCUAUCAUCUCAUCAUGGUAACAAUGCAUGUAGACCUAUCAUCUCAUCAUGGUAACAAUGCAUGUAGACCUAUCAUCUCAUCAUGGUAACAAUGCAUGUAGACCUAUCAUCUCAUCAUGGUAACAAUGCAUGUAGACCUAUCAUCUCAUCAUGGUCACUUUGUUUCUUGUGACAGGUAGGCCUGCAUUUGCUGCAGCGUGGUCUAUUCUACAGUAAUAUAAAGACAGACUGUGCCUUUAAUGUACACAUCUCCAUCUGGCUUUCGGGGGGUCACCUUAUCUUUUAAUUGUACAUUUAAUGUAUAGCUCAGGUAGCAUCAUUCUUGAAUUUUCAAUUCAAAUCCAGACAUAGGCUUUAUGUAUAUACUUCAUAAUUAUUUUGAAAGACACUUCCGGUUGGAAAUACCGGGUUACCCCGGAGAAAAGGGAUUUACUCUCGGGAUGGAACAUUUAGUAAAAUACCGGGAAAAUGUUCAACCCUAUUGGAGACUAAAGUUACGGCUCGCAUGGAAGAAUGGACUGAAUACAUCCGCUUUGUCCUCUGUAGUGACAAUCCUAAAGAAGAUGCUGAACUUGACUCAAUGUCUGUGUUUUUAUGUCUGUUUUUAUCCUUUUAAUGUAAGCCAGAGCGCCCAAGACCAUCUUCCGUUCUGUGUUACUUUAAUGGACAAUAACGUUUUUAGAAUUUUGUCUAAUAUUUUCUAUGCAAAGUGAUAGUGCAUAUUGUGUUUUGUUUGGUUCGUUGUAGGUGUUGUCCCUGAGUUUGACAGUGUUGAGAAGGCCAACCCAAACUGUGUUGUCAUAGGAGAUGCAGCAGAGAAGUUCUCCUACCAGAACCUCAACGAUGCCUUCAGAGUUCUCAUGGGGCUGGAGAAACCAGUGCUGUUCUCUCUGGGCAGAGGGUAUGCGCUCUCUCUCUCUCUCUCUCUCUCUUUCUCAUUCUUAGUCCUCUCUCGGUCUCUAUCUUAUCUCUCUCUCUCUCCUCUCUCUCUUCUCUCGGUCUCUCUCUCCUCUCUCUCUCUCUCUCUCUCUUCUCUCUCUCUCUCUCCACUCUCUCCUCUCUCUCUCUCUCCUCUUCUCUCUCUCUCUCUCUCCUCUCUCUCUCUCUCUCUCUCUCCUCUCUCUCCUCUCUUCUCUCUCCUCUCUCUCUCAUCCUCUCUCUCUCUCUCCGGCUUCUCUCCUCUAUUUCAUGCUAGUAUCAUAACCAGUAAUAUAAGGGUGAUUUAUUCAGAAUAUAUUCUCAUUUCCACACCCUGUGGUCCACUGUGUGAUCUUAUAGGAAGUACUACAAAGAGGAUGACGGCCUGAAACUGGAUGUUGGGGUUUACAUGAAGGCGCUGGAGGUGAGAGCUAUUAUGUUACACACAGAGUAGGAGAGUUGGAAGUCAAAGCACUUUGAUAUCGCCCCCCCAGACCUUUGUGGGAACUUGUAGUCAUCUCUGUUGUUUUGUUGAUCUGUCUUCGUGUUUCACUCCUUAGUAUGCCUGUGAUAUAGAAGCUGAGGUCAUUGGGAAGCCAGACCCCAUGUUCUUUCAGAAAGUUCUAGAUGACAUGGGGAUUCAGUCACACCAGGUAGGUUUUUUUUUUAAAAGCCAAGCACGUACACUACCGGUCAAAAGUUUGGACACACCUACUCAUUCAAGGGUUUUUCUUUAUUUUUACUAUUUUCUACAUUGUAGAAUAGUAGUGAAGACAUCAAAACUAUGAAAUAACACAUAUGGAAUCAUGUAGUAACCAAAAAAAAAGUGGUAAACAAAUCAAAAUGUAUUUUAUAUUUGAGAUUCUUCAAAUAGCCACCCUUUGUCUUGAUGACAGCUUUGCACACUCUUGGCAUUCUCUCAACCAGCUUCACCUGGAAUGAUGAUUCUCUCAACCAUUCUGAGCCAUCCUCUUUGUCUGUGUCUGUCUGUCUGUCUGUCUGUCUGUCUGUCAGACUCUGAUGAUUGGUGAUGAUCUGGUGAAUGAUGUGGGCGGGGCCCAACACUGUGGAAUGAAGGGUGUCCAAGUGAGGACAGGAAAAUACAGGUAGGUGUUUGUGUAUGUUGACAUCUGUAUGUUUGGCUUCACGUAACUGAAAUUCAUGCAGGCAGAAACCACCCACCCCAUCAACGACCACAAGAGGGCGGUCUAACACCACAAUAACUGCACAAAGCUGUCACUUUUACUAUAGGCCUACAUGUGGAGACCACCUAUUUUACCUCAAUGUUUAGGGCCAUUUUCCUGGAUACAGAUUAAGUCUAAGGACUCAAAAAACUAUUUUCGAUGGAGAUUCGCCAUUGAGCUAACUUCUAAGGAAUUGUCUGUAGAGCUCUGAGACAGGAUUGUGUCGAAUCACAGAUCUGGGGAAGGGUACCAAAACAUUUCUGCAGCAUUGAAGGUCCCCAAGAACACAGUGGCCUCCAUCAUUCUUAAAUCAAAGAAGUUUGGAACCACCAAGACUCUUCCUAGAGCUGGCCGCCCGGCCAAACUGAGCAAUCGGGGGAGAAGGGCCUUGGUCAGGGAAGUGACCAAGAACCCGAUGGUCACUCUGACAGAGCUCCAGAGUUCCUCUGUGGAGAUGGGAGAACCUUCCAGAAGGACAACCAUCUCUGCAGCACUCCACCAAUCAGGCCUUUAUGGUAGAGUGGCCAGACUGAAGCCACUCCUCAGUAAAAGGCACAUGACAGUCCGCUUGGAGUUUGCCAAAAGGCACCUAAAGACUCUCAGACCAUGAGAAACAAGAUUGUCUGGUCUGAUGAAACCAAAAUUGAACUAUUUGGCCUGAAUGCCAAGCAUCACAUAGUUCACCAUCUCCACUGGGUUAGUUAUGUCUAAUAGUCCCACUGGGUUCACCAUCUCCAUUGGGUUAACUAGGUCUAAGAGUCCCACUGGGUUCACCAUCUCCACUGGGUUAGUUGGUCUAAGAGUCCCACUGGGUUCACCAUCUCCACUGGGUUAGUUGGUCUAAUAGUCCCACUGGGUUCACCAUCUCCACUGGGUUAGUUGGUCUAAUAGUCCCACUGGGUUCACCAUCUCCACUGGGUUAACUAGGUCUAAGAGUCCCACUGGGUUCACCAUCUCCACUGGGUUAGUUGGUCUAAUAGUCCCACUGGGUUCACCAUCUCCACUGGGUUAACUAGGUCUAAUAGUCCCACUGGGUUCACCAUCUCCACUGGGUUAACUAGGUCUAAGAGUCCCACUGGGUUCACCAUCUCCACUGGGUUAGUUGGUCUAAGAGUCCCACUGGGUUCACCAUCUCCACUGGGUUAACUAGGUCUAAGAGUCCCACUGGGUUAGUUGGUCUAAUAGUCCCACUGGGUUCACCAUCUCCACUGGGUUAACUAGGUCUAAUAGUCCCACUGGGUUCACCAUCUCCACUGGGUUAACUAGGUCUGAGAGUUCCACUGGGUUCACCAUCUCCACUGGGUUAACUAGGUCUAAGAGUCCCACUGGGUUCACCAUCUCCACUGGGUUAACUAGGUCUAAGAGUCCCACUGGGUUCACCAUCUCCACUGGGUUAGCUAGGUCUAAUAGUCCCACUGGGUUCACCAUCUCCACUGGGUUAACUAGGUCUAAGAGUCCCACUGGGUUCACCAUCUCCACUGGAUUAGUUGGUCUAAGAGUCCCACUGGGUUCACCAUCUCCACUGGGUUAGUUGGUCUAAGAGUCCCACUGGGUUCACCAUCUCCACUGGGUUAACUAGGUCUAAUAGUCCCACUGGGUUCACCAUCUCCACUGGGUUAACUUGGUCUAAUAGUCCCACUGGGUUCACCAUCUCCACUGGGUUAACUAGGUCUAAUAGUCCCACUGGGUUCACCAUCUCCACUGGGUUAGUUGGUCUAAGAGUCCCACUGGGUUCACCAUCUCCACUGGGUUAGUUGGUCUAAGAGUCCCACUGGGUUCACCAUCUCCACUGGGUUAACUAGGUCUAAUAGUCCCACUGGGUUCACCAUCUCCACUGGGUUAGUUGGUCUAAGAGUCCCACUGGGUUCACCAUCUCCACUGGGUUAACUAGGUCUAAGAGUCCCACUGGGUUCACCAUCUCCACUGGGUUAACUAGGUCUAAGAGUCCCACUGGGUUCACCAUCUCCACUGGGUUAGUUGGUCUGAGAGUCCCACUGGGUUCACCAUCUCCACUGGGUUAG